GGCCCCUAGAGCCGUCCGGAUGGCGGCGGCGACAGCCCCAGCCACUGCCACUCACGCACGCACGCUGCCACUUGCCCCCGCACCCUCCGCACCGCGCGCGGUAGAGCGGUGCGUGCGGGAGCUGCUGGGCUGAGCUCCCCCGCUGGGGUCCCCGCGCCGCUCUGCGGUGCUCCCACCGCCGCCCGAGGCUGGUAACUUGUUGUGCGGAGCGAACGGCGACAACGACGGCGGCGGCGGCGGCACCAUCCGGGCGGGCAGCAUGGGCACGUCCGCGCGCUGGGCGCUGUGGCUGCUGCUCGCGCUGUGCUGGGCGCCCCGGGACAGCGGCGCCUCUGCAAGCGGGAAAAAAGGCAAAUGUGAUAAUUCCCAAUUCCAGUGCACAAAUGGUCGCUGCAUCACUCUGCUGUGGAAAUGCGACGGCGAUGAAGACUGUGUUGAUGGCAGCGAUGAAAAAAACUGCGUAAAGAAGACGUGUGCUGAGUCUGACUUCGUGUGCAAAAACGGCCAGUGUGUUCCUAACAGAUGGCAGUGCGAUGGGGACCCUGACUGUGAAGACGGUUCUGAUGAGAGCCCGGAACAGUGCCAUAUGAGAACAUGCCGCAUAAAUGAAAUCAGCUGUGGCGCCCGGUCCACUCAGUGUAUCCCAGUGUCCUGGCGAUGUGAUGGUGAAAAUGAUUGUGACAAUGGAGAAGAUGAAGAAAACUGUGGCAACAUAACCUGUAGCGCUGAUGAGUUCACUUGCUCCAGCGGCCGCUGCGUCUCCAGGAGCUUUGUGUGCAAUGGCCAGGAUGACUGUGACGACGGCAGUGAUGAACUGGACUGCGCGCCGCCGACCUGUGGGGCCCACGAGUUCCAGUGCAGCACCUCUUCCUGCAUCCCCCUCAGCUGGGUGUGUGAUGAUGACGCGGACUGCUCUGACCAGUCAGAUGAGUCUCUCGAACAAUGCGGCCGGCAGCCCGCGAUGCAUACGAAAUGUCCUGCCAGCGAGAUCCAAUGCGGCUCUGGCGAAUGCAUUCACAAAAAAUGGCGGUGUGACGGAGAUCCUGACUGCAAGGACGGCAGUGACGAGGUCAACUGCCCUUCUCGAACCUGCAGACCUGACCAAUUUGAAUGUGAAGAUGGUAGCUGUAUCCAUGGCAGCAGGCAGUGCAAUGGCAUCCGGGACUGUGUGGAUGGCUCUGAUGAAGUCAAUUGCAAAAACGUUAAUCAGUGCUUGGGCCCUGGAAAGUUCAAGUGCAGAAGUGGCGAAUGCAUAGACAUCAGCAAAGUGUGUGACCAGGAGCAGGACUGCAGGGACUGGAGCGAUGAACCCCUGAAGGAGUGCAAUGUCAAUGAAUGCUUGGUCAAUAACGGUGGCUGCUCUCAUAUCUGCAAAGACCUAGUCAUAGGCUAUGAAUGUGACUGUGCCGCUGGGUUUGAACUGAUAGAUAGGAAAACUUGCGGAGAUAUUGAUGAAUGCCAAAAUCCAGGGAUCUGCAGCCAAAUUUGUAUCAACUUAAAAGGUGGCUACAAGUGUGAAUGUAGUCGUGGCUAUCAAAUGGAUCUUGCCACUGGCGUGUGCAAGGCAGUAGGCAAAGAGCCAAGUCUGAUCUUCACUAAUCGAAGAGACAUCAGGAAGAUUGGCCUAGAGAGGAAGGAAUACAUCCAACUUGUAGAACAACUAAGAAACACGGUGGCUCUUGAUGCUGACAUUGCAGCUCAGAAGCUAUUUUGGGCUGAUCUAAGCCAAAAGGCCAUCUUCAGUGCCUCAAUUGAUGACAAGGUUGGUAGACAUUUUAAAAUGAUCGACAAUGUCUAUAAUCCUGCAGCCAUUGCUGUUGAUUGGGUGUACAAGACCAUCUACUGGACUGAUGCGGCUUCUAAGACUAUUUCCGUAGCUACCCUAGAUGGAGCCAAGAGGAAGUUCCUGUUUAACACUGACUUGCGAGAGCCUGCCUCCAUAGCUGUGGACCCGUUGUCUGGCUUUGUUUACUGGUCUGACUGGGGCGAACCAGCUAAAAUAGAAAAAGCGGGGAUGAAUGGCUUUGAUAGGCGUCCGCUUGUGACCGAGGACAUCCAAUGGCCCAAUGGAAUUACACUCGACCUUGUCAAAAGCCGCCUCUACUGGCUCGAUUCCAAGUUGCACAUGCUGUCUAGUGUGGACUUGGAUGGCCAAGAUCGUAGGAUAGUGCUCAAAUCUCUGGAGUUCCUAGCUCAUCCUCUUGCGCUCACCAUAUUUGAGGAUCGUGUCUACUGGAUAGAUGGAGAAAAUGAAGCAGUGUACGGUGCCAAUAAAUUCACUGGGUCAGAGCUGGCUACCCUAGUCAACAACCUCAAUGAUGCCCAAGACAUCAUUGUCUACCAUGAACUUGUUCAGCCAGCAGGUAAAAACUGGUGUGAAGAAGAUAUGGAGAAUGGAGGAUGUGAAUACCUGUGCCUGCCAGCACCACAGAUCAGUGACCACUCUCCGAAAUAUACCUGUUCCUGUCCCAAUGGGUACAGUCUCGGGGAAAACGGACGAGAGUGCCAAAGUCCUUCAACUCCUGUGACUUACAGUGAGACAAAAGAUAUCAACACAACAGACAUUCUGCGUACUAGUGGACUGGUUCCUGGAGAGAUCAACGUGACCACGGCAGUAUCAGAGGUCAGUGUUCCUCCGAAAGGAACUUCAGCUGCCUGGGCCAUCCUCCCUCUCUUGCUCUUGGUGAUGGCAGCAGUCGGGGGCUAUUUGAUGUGGCGGAAUUGGCAACAUAAAAACAUGAAAAGCAUGAACUUUGACAAUCCUGUGUACUUAAAGACCACUGAAGAGGACCUCUCAAUAGACAUUGGUAGACACAGUGCUUCUGUCGGACACACGUACCCAGCAAUAUCAGUUGUAAGCACAGAUGAUGAUCUGGCUUGACCACUGAGGUCUAAACCAAUAACACCCCACUCCGGAACGGUAACCGAGCCAGCGCUGAAGUUUUCUUUCUUCCUCCCAUCCGGAAGAACAUCAAGAUAUCUUUCUGGGGAUCAAGUUUGUGUACUUGGUCAUUUUUAUAUUACUUUUGUAAAUAUUCCUGGCCACAUACUACUUCAGCUUUGGAUGUGGUUACCAAGUAUGUGUAACCCUUGAAUCUCUAGACAGUAUUGCCAUCUCUGGCCACAUAUGCACUUUCCCGAGAAAGCCAUAUUCCAGCAACGAACCUUGUGCGGUAGCGACGCCCACCUGUACAUACAUUGUAUAGGCCACCUGUACAUAUCCCAGAGAACAAUCACUAUUCUUAAGCACUUUGAAGAUAUUUCUAUGUAAAUUAUUGUAAACUUUUUCAAUGGUUGGGACAAUGGCAAUAGGAUAAAACGGGUUACAAAGAUGAAAUUGCCAAAAAAAAAAAAUUUGUAAACUAAUUUUGUACGUAUGAAUGAAAUCUUUGACCUCUGUGGAGGUUUGCAAAGACUGACUUCAAACUACUGUACAUUUUUUUUCAAGUGCUAAAAAAAAAUUAAACCACACAGCUUAACCAUGGUUUUGAUUAUUCCUCUAAGAUGGACUAGCAACAGCCUGAUUAUCACCAAAUGUUCUAGAUAUCUGAGCUAUAGCUCUGGGUGUUGUACACCUAGCCCAAAACUGGGCUAGUAUCUUUUAUAACCAAGUCCUAACUAAAGAAACAGGCACCAUUUGAUAUUUGUUCCCCCAAAUUCAUCACCCAUCCUUCCUUCCUUCUUUCUUCUGUCCUUCCUUUUUUCCUUCCUUCCUUUCUUCUGUCUCUCUUUCCUUCCUUCUUUCCUUCCUUCUUUCCUUCCUUCUUUCCUUCCUUCUUUCCUUCCUUCUUUCCUUCCUUCUUUCCUUCCUUCCUUCCUUCCUUCCUUCCUUCCUUCCUUCCUUCCUUGCUGGACUCAAGAUUGCAAUUCUCCUGCCUCAGCUUCCCAACUUCUAAUAUUACAUGUCUCAUGUUUGGACCACUACACUCAGCCAACAUAUUUAUUUCUUAAAAAACACUGUCUUCCCAGAAUUCCUUUUGCUCACAGAAGAUUCCUUUCCCCCUCCUUUUCACAUUGACCUAGCAACAUAUGCUAAGAUUUCCACAGGUUCUCAUGUUUUGUUGUCCCUGUUCUGUCGUAAUUUGUAGGUCAGUCAAAGACAAGUGCCUUCUACGGCAUAGGAAAGGGUUUGUUUUUAUAAGAGCCUGACUUGUCCUGCUGUGAAGAUGGGUAGGAAGGAUGCUAGGCAGCACUGUUGUUGAACAAUCUAGGUUGUGGUUCUCAGCAUGCCCCGGGAACAGCAGUAGUGGCUGCUAGGAACUUAGCAGAAAUAAAUCUUCUUGGGACCCACCCGAAACCUACUUAAUCAAAAGCCCCAGUAAUGGGGACCAGGAAACUGAGUCUUCACAAACUCUUCAUGUAGUUCUGAUAUAACCGCAAGUUGGAUAAAAACUAUUCUAAUGUGGCUUUAUGGAGAAUAUAAUUGUAACGUAGUGAACACUAUGUUGUCAGUCUAUGGCAUCGCACAUAUAGGGAUGUUCUUCCUAUAGGGCAUUUGUGGAACUUUGAAGAUAAGGAGCUGGAGGUGGGAAAGUGGUACUGUGUAAAGGGAGGAGUUUUGGGAGUUUGUCAUCACAUUGGCCAUCAUGUCCUUACUCUGAAGUCUCCAGAUGCCUAAAAGUGAAAGAAGAUGCGUGGCUUAGAGCCCAGACAAGAUGCUUUGAUAGCUCCACUGCGAGGUGGGCACUGUAGAAAGGGCACUGAUUCCUUGGGAAUGAAAUGGCUGAACAAGCAUCUAAAACAAACAAGGUCAUUUCAUUUUUAUAAACCUAACAUUAGCUAGAACUCACUGUGUUUUAAAAGGCAUUUCAUUUUAAAAAAAUGAAGUGCUUAAAUAUUGAAAGAAUAUUGUUCAGUAUUGCGAGGGUAGUUAGUUAUCUGGUGAGACUGCUAAUUGGGUCAGAGGACAGUAGUUCACAAGGGAUGAGAACCUUGGCAUUUACCACCCAAACAAGAUCUUAAGAACUGUAUGUGAGCUGGGUUGACCUAAGCUGGCUGCAUCUCUAGAGUUUAAUGUAGUGGAUAAUUAAUUAGGAGGUGAAAUCUGAAACAUCAAAUUCUUAGAAAGGAUAUUUAUAAUUAAACCAGCCUGUCACAUGAGGCUGCAGUGAGUGGAACCUCAGGGACUUGAGGAAUAUCUGCAAAGGAUAGACAAAUCAACAGAUUUGUGGACCCCAGUUUAAAAAAGUCCAGUCAAGUCUCAGAGUCCAAAAUUUUAAGAGGUUGUUGCAAGCUACAUGCUUUUUGAGCAGAAGAAGACCUAGAAGAUCAGCAGUUCCCUUAGUAUAUUCUAACAGCUACUUUGAAAAUUUGGCAUCAAAUCUAAGCCUUUGGAUCUGGAUAAAUAGGGGCAAAAAUAAUUCUUUGAGAUUUCAACUGGGGCACUUACCUUGGUUCCAGACAUCCCUUUUAAGAAAUGAGCAGGCAGGUUUUAAACAGCACAGUUGCUGGCCAGUUAAAGGAGUCACUUUUCAGCUGGGAACACUGCAGAAAGCUGAGACCCACCUACUGUCUAGCUUUUAAGUUCUCCCCAACCCAAAGAUGCUGGUGGGCUUCCCAUGUAUCAUGUAGUUGAACAGAAUUGAUUCCCUAGCGUGCUUACCUAGCAAAGUCUCUCCUACUGGAACAGUAUAUCCCCUUAAGCCCAAAUGAAUGUCAUGCUUCUUUCUUUCACUUGUGGCAAAACAAACAAAUUAAAAAAUAAAUAAAUAAAUCACAGACCCUUUUGCUUCCUUAGGUUCAAGAACAAAACAAAAUGCUAUUCCUGAUCCAGAACUUUGAGCCCUUUGUUUCUAAAGCCAGUGUUUCACCCUCUUUGGAAAGACUGAGAAAAUGUGUCCCCUAUAUCAGUUAUAUUCUAGAUCCUUAAACUGGGCAAAUUCCUGAAAUGGAGAAAGGUCUGCAAAGGUGUCUCAAUUUCAAGGAGAAAAGAGAUGGCUUGGAAGAUGGGGCGGUCAUUGUUGGGGAGUUUCCUGCUGUUGCUUGUUUGUUCACAGAGAUUCCAGCUCACAAGAGCUUCAUGGAAGGAUAACAACCACCAUUUCUGCAUGAAUCACGCUCCCAUCCACCUUCAGUAAUGAAAAGCUGAAUGUAAGUUAGUAAGGAGUCCUGGAUGGAGGUUUGUGAUCAUGUGUGCCAUCUCAUACGGUGUCACUCCAGUCUGUAAUUGUGUUUCUGAACCUGGUUCAUCCGAGAAACAGGAAUGAAGUGGGACCGGAGACCUCGAGGCCAUUUCAGCCUCCCUAUGAGUGUGUGAACUCUGGGACAAGAGUGAGAUAGGGAGCCUGGGGGGUAUGGGUUUGGCAGAAGCUCUGGGAUAUCUCAAGAAUAGCUUUCUUCUUGGCUGUGCUAAGUGAGAUGGUGGCUGGGUGGCUAUGUAUAGGGUUCUACACAUUAUGUCAAUAGCACACACUUCUCUGUCCCGCGUGUGCUGGCUUGGGCAAGUCACUAAGCAUCUCUGUGAUGUGGAAAUGACAGGGACACACUGGGGCAAGGAGAUGCAUACAGCAGUGGAGCCUGAGAGCUCAGCACCAUGUCUGGCAUUUGGUGUCCUUUGGCAAACACCUAGACUAUCAUUGUCAGUAUGUGUUGGUCCACAGCCUGAGAACUGGUAAGGGACUUUACCCAGUGAGUCUUGUGGGCAGCUUCACUCAUGGAGUAACAAGAGCCUUUCACCUGGAAUAGUUCUUCCCCAUCAUACCGAAGUCUGAAGUUCAGGAAGGAUUUCAUCUCCGACAGGUGAAAUGCCUUAAAGGACAAUAUGGUGUCAAACUCAGACUCAUAACUGGUUUGUGUCUGCCUUGGCCUUUGACUACUUCUCCUAGGGCAUGGAAACACAUAUUGGCACCUGCGGAGUCUUUAAGUGGCUGUCUAAGUGUUUUUAAUGACCAUUCAGUUCCUACCAUAUGCUUAAUGUUGUGCUAAGUAAGUGUUCUCUCAUCUUAUUAGAUCCUCACAGUAACCCUAAUAGGCAAGUAUCUUCGUUUUGCAGAUGUGAAAGCUAAGGUCAUAAACCAUGUGAGAUUCCAAACUAAAUAAGCUUGCUGCCAUGGUUGCGGGGGAGGGUGCUGUCCUGUGGAUAUCACAUUGUAUGUUUGCUGAGUCUUCUUUCCUACAGAUUGUAGAACACGUCUUCAUUUUCUCAAUCGCUUUGGACUUCCCAUUCAGCAUGAUGGUGCACAGAAUUAUAAAGCUGGCAUGGUACCAUGUAUAUAAGUUGGUUAAGACACACCUUCAAGAUGCUAGACUUGGUAGUAGCCAUCAAGAGAUAGCUUUGAAGGAAAAGAUCCAGAUUCCCUACAGGAACUUGGAGAUGUCAUGUCCUUCUCUAGCAGAGCAUACUAGGACAAACAAGCUACCACCCAGGAAUUCUCAGUUUCCGAGGCAGCCAAGUGGAGAGCACACCAGAGAAGACGGGAGGGAAUGAGACUUGUUCAUAGAAUGCUGGUGCUGUGACUUCCCAACUGCUCCCAAGUGUUCUAGAAUCUGCCCGAACACCCGGCUGUUUCUCAAUUUACAUGUACCCUUGGGGAGAAGAGAAUGUUUUUGAGCAAAAUGACUGGCUUUCACAAAACUGUCUCGCCUUUUUUCAACAUCACACUUGAUACUAAAAAUAUGAUUUAAGAACGUGUGACGUCUCGGGAGGCCCAUGUGCACGACCUGACCAUUGCCUUAGGAUGGUCACUGUUGCUGAGGCACACAUUGGAACGCGUCCAGUCCCUGCUGACCUGUAGAUAAUUAUUUUUCUCUAA